UAAACCCCAUUCAUUCACCAACCUCUUCAUUCUAUUACAACCAAAUUUCAUACUUCAGAUAUUUGGUUUCGAAAAAUGAAUUCUAAGAGAGAUGUUGAAAGUGGUGGUGAAGGGACAAAGAGCACCAACAAUUACACUGCUGUUGCGAAUUCAAUUUCAUAUGGUUAUCAUGCUUAUAACCAUAGGAUAUCAUGGCUUGUACCUGUUGUUGUGGCGGUUAACGUUGUUGUUUUCAUUGUGGCCAUGGCUAUUAACAAUUGUCCCGAGGAUAAUUUUGGUUUUCAAGGUGAUUGUGUUCCUGAGUUCCUUGGGAGAUUCUCUUUUCAACCAUGGAGGGAGAAUCCAUUGCUUGGUCCUUCUUCAUCAACAUUAACCAAGAUGGGAGCUCUUAAAUGGGAAAAUAUUGUGCACCAGAACCAAGGAUGGAGACUCUUCACUUGCAUUUUGUUACAUGCUGGAAUUAUUCACUUGCUCUCAAACAUGGUAUACCUUGUUUUCAUUAGCAUUCGCUUGCAAUUCGGAUCUCUGAGAAUUGGAUUGAUAUACCUAUUGUCUGGAUUUGGAGGAAGUGUACUGUCUUCUCUUUUUAUUCGAAAUAGCAUCUCCGUCGGCGCUUCUGGUGCGCUUUUGGGACUUCUUGGAGCAAUGCUAUCAGAACUUCUUACAAAUUGGUCUAUAUAUUUCGAUAAAGUGACCGUUUUGAUCGAUCUUCUAAUUAUCAUUAUCAUCAACCUCGCAAUAGGCAUUUUACCGUACGUUGAUAACUUUGCUCAUAUUGGAGGAUUUGCAACCGGACUUCUACUCGGUUUCGUUUUACUUCCUCGCCCUCAAUGCGGUUGGUUAGAGCAGCGUAGUCUUCCUGCUGGGAUUCGUCUCAAAUCAAAAUUCAAAGCUUACCAGUACAUUCUUGGGAUUGUGUCUCUAAUUCUCUUGAUUGUCGGAUUUUCAAUUGGAUUGGUGAUGCUGUUCAACGAAGAGAAUGGAUAUGAUCACUGUCAUUGGUGUCACUACCUAACAUGUGUGCCAAGUGUAUGGGAAUGCAACAAUGAGAAUUAAACUGAGACAGUUUAUUUAUGAUUUUAACUAGGAAUGUCUUUUCUUCUAUGUAUUUAUAUGUAUAUGCAAAGCUCUUAGACACCGCAUAUUCACAUCUUAUAUGAAAAAAUUAUGAAAUUGGCUUCGCCCGGACUCAACACCUUAUAUGUUAGAUCGAAUAGAUAACCAACUAUACCACGAAAGCUUUUUAUUAUAAUUUGUAAUUUGUAAGAAUGAAAUUGCAUGUUUUAAUUAUAUCAAUAGAAAAUAAUUGUCAUAUUGCACAA